GAUAUAUACAAUCAUCUCUUCCCCUCUUUCCUUUCUCUUUCUCUCUUUUUUAUAUAUACACACCCACGUGUAUUCGAGUUUCCGUUAAGAUCAAGCAUUGCAUAUUAAUUAGCUUAGCGUAUGUCCUUAUCAAUUCCUUUAUCUUUAUAUAAAAUGGCGCCUUGUUCAUUUCCUGACAUAUGGAGUUGGAUUCAAAACCUACCACCACUUGCACAAUGGCAAACAAACACCAAAUCCAUAUGCAUUAUUUCAUCUCACCCUUCUCUCGAACUCUCCAUUUCAAAAACCCUACUUUACUCUCCUUCCUUCUCAAUCUCCAUUCGUUUGAAUUACAAGUCACCCAUCUCUCUUUGGACCUCUAAACCACUAAAAUCCGCCAUUAACAAGACCUUGCUUAAUGAAGUCACCAUCUCCAAACUCUUGAUGAAUAUCAUCAAAGAUAUCAUCAACUACACCCCCGCCAAACCCACCAAAUCUUUCCUAAAACUCCCAGAACCCAACUCGAUUCACGACCUCAAGCACAUCUUCAAUUUCGUUUUCUUGUCGCUAGCUUUCAUAGUAUCGAUUUACGAAGCUCCCCGAGAUAUCAGGGGAGAUUGCAUAAACACGCUUAAAGAUCCAUUCACAAGUUCGUGGGCAAGGGAAUCGUCUAAAAGAUUGAUGAGGUUAAUGGGGUCGAAUACAGAAGAAGAAUGGAUGAGGUCCAUGAAUCUUGCGAUCACAAACUGGAUGACAGAGCUACGAGAAAAGCAUCAUGUCUGGAAAGCACCAUCACCGAUGUAUUCAUCCGCGACUUCGGGAUUAGGGUUAUGGAAACUUCAGUUGUAUUGUCCAGUGAUUGCUAUGGAGAUUGAGGAGUGUAAUAGUCCCGGUCCUCCUGGAGUAGAAGAUCAAAAGCUUGGAUUUUCGUUGAAUUAUCAUCAGGUUGAAGGGGUGAUCCAGUUGAAUCAUCAAGUUGUUGUUCGAGAGAAAUGGAUUGAUGUUUCAGUUAGCAUCGACAACGUAAGGUGUGAUGUGAUAAGACUCGUGAACGAUAUUCUCCUGAAAGAGUGUGGAGCAGGAAUCGAAGAGAAGCACUUUCCAUCGCGCAUAUCCCUACAACUCACUCCCACCAUCCAAACCAACGUCUUAAGCGUCUCUGUUAGCAGAUCAUCUGAAAACCCUGCAAGAGAAAUCGGCAUCGAGAGAUCCAUCGAAGGCACAUUCGAGCCACCAAAUCCUGUCAUCGGAAUAUCCGUUUCCGCCGGUGAAACCGUCAUCACCAACCUCAAGCCAUGGAAAUUCGAACAAUCGGUCUACGGCUAUAGCGGAUCUUUCAAUUGGUUCCUUCACGAUAGCGUUAAUGGACGAGAGGUUUUCUCAUCGAAACCUUCAAAGGUUGCGUUGAUUCAUCCGAAAUCUUGGUUCAGAAAUCGAUAUUCGAGCGUUUACCGGCCGUUUACGAGGCAAGGAGGGGUUAUUUUCGCCGGCGAUGAGUAUGGAGAAAGUGUGUUGUGGAGGGUGGGAAGAGAUGCGAUUGGGCAAACGAUGGAAUGGGAAGUGAAAGGAUCGAUUUUGUUGACUUAUUGGCCCAACAAGUACAAGACGUUUUAUACUGAAACGAGAAGGUUGGAGUUUAGUGAGACUCUUCAUCUUAAACUAGCUUGAUUUUGAAAACAAAAUUUAGAAAUUGUGUAUACACAUAUAGGUUUUUGGUUGAAAUAAAUUGUUUAUCUUAUAAUUCUAGUUAGGUUAUUCUCGAGA